GGACAACAGUGAGAGGAGGCGAGAGUGAGCCCCAGACAGACGACGUAGGAGGCUGACGUUUUGUCUUCUCCAUGACUAACAUAUCGAGUGUACGAUGGUAGCGACGUAUGGGUGGAGGGGAGGGGACCCCAGGAACAUGCUAAUUGUGCCUACCGAGACAGUCAUUAGGGUUGCGGCUUCCAGAGAAACGACAGUGUUUGUGACAGCUGGCGGCAGGUUAUAUAUUGGCCAAUAUGCUGGUCAGGAAAGGGGCAGUUUAAAGCAGGUUGAGCUUGGCAGCAGAUGUGUCCGCGAUGCAACAGUGUACAGAGGCCAGGUGGUGUUCAUCACAGAUGCAGGGGAAGUGUACACACGGGACUUGGAAGGCGGUGAAGUUCGCCCCUUGCCUGUCCUGGAGCCGAAGAAGACCUGCACUCAUGGCCAGGAGGAGAAAGGGAGGAAGGUUCGCGUUCGAGCAGUAGCAGCCGGAUAUGAUCAUAUAUUAUUCCUAAGCGCUCAAGACGAGAUAUGGGUCCAGGGACGGGGACCAGCUCUAGGGCUCUUCACAAACAAAACUGAGAAUGAGAUUACGAACCCAGCCCGUGUCAACUUCUUCAAGGGAAGAAGGGUAAUGCAAAUAGAAGCUGGAGCUUACUUUACAGUCUCUCUCAUAGAGGCUUUGCCUCCUGUUCACCAUGACAACACAGCCGAGUCAGACGCACUUCCAGACUUUGACUCGUAUGUGCGAUCGUGUGAGCAGUGCCGGCGAGAGACUGGAGAUCGUGUUCUUUUUGAGGAUGCAGACGAAUUCGAUAAGUGUCCUUUAGGAUUGGCAGUAAGAAAAGAAUAUUUCACCCCAGACAGAAGAUCUGACAUUUUAUCGCCGGCUCCUAGUAGUGUCAACAUGGACGGUAGAUCGUCUCGAAAUAGUGCGUUCCACGAAGAUGGUGAGUCAUCAGAUUAUGUGGCAGAUGAAUUAGAUCCAACAUCAGGAGAAGUGUCUUGUGAUGGAACAGCAUUAAAUACUCCAGUUGAAUUACGGACAGGAAUCGAGUUAAAAGAUAUGGCUCGAAUACAUAAACAGAGUGAAUGUAGUGAUUUUGAAGUUGUUGAGUGUACUGAUGAUGAAACCGAUAUGGGAGGAGAUGCUGGGAGACGGAAGUUGAGUUCAACAGGUAGUAGUAGUUUAUUCAUAAAUGCUGAUGCCGCUAGACAAUUUAUAUCUAGACAGUUAUCGUGGAUGACAGCAACAAGUGUAGAACAGGGUGAGUGCAUUAUGGAAAAUGAGAGAAUCAAUAAUAAGUAUCACAUAGACAGUGCUACAGAGCUUAUUAAAGAAAAUGUAGCAAGUGCAGCAAACAGUGCAGCGAGUCUUGUAGCUACAGGUGUGCGAACUGUGAGUGAUAAAGUGGGCCAGUUGUCACGUCAUUUUAGCAGCAGUGAAUGUGCAGAUGGCGAACUGCACGAUCUCACGCCAGACUCGGAUCCUUUCAGUUUAGAUGCAUUCUAUGAUAAAGCACCUAAACCAAAAAUGAGUAAAAGUGACUCCUAUGAGUGUAACAGUCUUCCACGUCGACUUUCUGACGAAUUAUGUCGUAAAAAAACACACAUGCGAACAGCGUCUGGGGGUCUAAGUUUUCCAAAAGUUGGCAAGAAUGGUGUCCUGACCCUCGAGAAAGGACCAGAACAAGUUGCCAAAAACACAAGUCUCAUCAUUGAUGGCGGACGUAAUAUUUUAAAUACAGAGGUUUGGGCGUGGGGGUCUGCUAACAAGGGUCAGCUUGGCCUCGGUGAUCUCAGCCACAGGUCGACUCCAACCAAUGUGGUAACGUUGAAUCACAUGGGGGUCACCAAGGUGGUGUGCGGGUCCCACCACACAGCUGCUCUCACCGUGGAUGGACAGGUUUAUAUAUGGGAACCCAAAGAUACUAGUGAUGACGUUGAUCAUGCAACAACGGAGCCUAAGUCCCAUAAGUCUUCAUAUUGGAAGGUGUUUGUGUGGGGGGACAACUCGAGCGGCCAAGGUGGACGUUCUGCACCUGUUGGAAGUGGAUUAUUACCCAAUAAAUCCCCAAACAAAUCUCCCAGUAAAGUUGGGAAUGCCUCAUCAUCCAUUGUCUCUCCCAGACGCCUUGAACUUCCUGACGGAGGUCUGGUUCGGGAUCUGGCCUCGGGGGACAACUACCUCAUCGUCAUUUCCAUUGAUGGUUUUACAUACUAUGUGGGCAAACUAAGGGACGAAGAAAACGCAACAGUGCAGCAGAUACCAGUCGGUGAUGCCACGACGCGCUGCAGAUCAGUAUUGUGCCAGUGUGACAGUGUUGUAUGCACAUCUGAUGAGAUGCAUCCACAGGUGAUAAAAUUUCUGAAAAAUGAAACAGAGUACCUGAGCCUGCUGAAGUGUGUCAACCAGCACGUGGUGAAACCAUUCCUCUCAACCUGCACCACCAGCAACAGUAGCAAGAGCUCGUCCUCAAGCACAUCCCACAAGGACCCGGCUGCACCCGGCAUCGUCGGUGGGAGCGGCUUCACAGUUGAGAACAGCCAGGUGCAACAGACAAAGCAGGAGCUUCUCGAAGCUUACCUCGAUGUAACGCAUGCGGUGGCCAGCAGUUUGAGAGACAUGUUGGAUGAUCAGGCAGCUGACGUCACCUCUGUCAUACCAAUAAUACGGCAGGUAGAAGAACACAAGUCAAUUUACCAGAAAUAUAUGAGCUCAGUGUGUGAUGCAAUUGCUAUCAGUGGCCUCGCAGUCGCAAGCAAAGAAGCUAAUAUAGUCAUGGAGAAGUGCCAGUCCAUUUUAGCAUCUCUUAUUCCUGAAGACAAGAGAAAAACCAACAGUGAUCUCUUUGCCCACCUCAUUCUCCGGCCACUGAACCACAUCCAUGAGUAUGUUGAAUUUCUCCUAUCUAUGAAGAAUGAUGCUGAUAAUUAUUACUCGCCUUUUACGCUAGACAAGAUCAAAAUUGCCCAUGCCCACUGGAGGCAGCUGUCAAAUGUAGCACAAAAAAAUCAGGUAGAAGCUGAAGCAACAAAGGCGUAUUGGGAAACAUGUAGCCCCAAGAUGGUAGAAGCUUUGGCCAACCCAUCGCGACGACUUCUCCGAGAUUCACACACCAACCCCAUAAAUGUCCACAAUGCUGGACGCUUCUCAUCCCAUUCUUUUGUUUUGCUGACUGAUGUUCUUGUGCACCUUCAGUACUCAAAUUUUACAACGUAUGAUCUCAGUACCAUGUGGGUUGAGCCAGUACCUAACAGCUCAAGUAUUCAGAAUGGUAUUCAUAUAACAUUGCCGGAGGACACGUUGACUCUGGCAUGCCCCACCAGUUCAGACAAGGGUCAGUGGAUGUAUGCCCUUCAGGAGGGCAUCAAGCGAUCUGUUCAUGGCACUGGCGAGGGGGGGUUGGUGGUGGUGCCAAGGACCCCUCCCCUUGUGAGAAAUGCAUCUUAUACCUUUACUAAGAAUGCACAGUAUAAGGAUGCCACGUACAGUGGUCAGUGGUUCUGUGGUAAACUUCAUGGUGAGGGCAUUAUGACUUGGUCUGAUGGACGGAAAUAUGAGGGACAAUUCCGGCAGAGCGUCUACCACGGCCCCGGUCGGCUGGAGGUACCCUCAACCGGAGGGGUCACCAUUUAUGAAGGCACGUGGAAGAAUGGAAAACUUGAGGGAAAAGGCAUUAUCAGGUAUGCCAAUAAGGAUGUGUAUAUUGGAUACCUCCAUGAAAGCCAACCUCAUGGACACGGUGAGCUUAAAAAGGGACGCUUCAGCUCGCAGGCAGCUUCUGUAUACACUGGCGAGUGGAACAGUGGCGUUAAACAAGGCUAUGGUGUGCUGGACGAAAUAGUUAAAGGCGAGAAGUACCUGGGAAUGUGGCAGAACAAUUGCCGUCAUGGGUCGGGUAUGGUCGUCACCAUGAAUGGUGUCUAUUAUGAGGGAAACUUUCACCAAAAUAAGCUAACUGGCUAUGGUCUGAUGGUGUUUGAAGACAAAACUUACUAUGAGGGGGAACUUGGUAUUGGUGGAACGUUUGCCGGGAAAGGAAGUCUACAUUAUCCUAGUGGAGACACCAUAGAAGGAACCUUCACAGGCACCUGGGAAGAAGGUAUCAAGAUCAACGGUAUGCUGCAAAAAGGGGUUGGUGCGCCUGAUGAGGAGAACAUGCCCAAGUCGUUUGGGAAGUUAAGUGUGAGUGCUGACCAGAAAUGGACGGCGAUUGUGCGUCAGUGCAAGGAACAUCUGGGCAUUACGUCUGGAACAGAUGUGACUACAAGUAAAGUGUGGGAAACACUUGCCACUAGGUUGGAAGCAGAGAAGCAGGCAGCUCUGCGUCAUAGUGCCCAAAUGGACGUUUUGGAUGGAAUCGAUCGCAUUCCUGAGAGAAAAGGAGAACUCACAUACCAGUAUUUCAUGGAAAUUCAUUCAUAUUUAGGCAAGGCAUUUGGAUGCCGGUUACAUCCAUUAGGACAACUCCUGCAGUCUCUGGUUGACGCCUUCAGAGCCACCUAUGGCGGAGUUGUGGCUCACCCGCGCCUUCUGCCGUAUGCCGUACAGGAGGUACAUUCCUUCACUUCAAGAUUAUACCAGUUGGUGAGGGUGUUGUUUCCAGACUUACCAAGAGAGGAAGAAAAUGUUUUAUUAGAGCCACCGAUGGAAGAUCAAGAAGAAAUUGUAGUGACUCCAGCUUAUGUGAUUCAUCCCUGGCUGCUGCCGCACGUGUACUCUCCACUUUCCACACUGUACGUCCUGCAUCACCAGCCUAAAGAUGAAGAGUACUGGAGGAGGCUGCUGAAGUGGAACAAGCAGCCAGAUACUGCUCUUAUGACUUUCUUGGGAGUUGAUGUUAAGUUUUGGUUGCCGGAAGGAGCGACCAUCAUGGAGUGUAGCCGCACAUUGGGCACACUAAAGGACCAGCAUUUUACUGAAGCUAUUGAAACCCUUCAGAUGUUGUCAACGUCAUUUAGUCCACGGGAUAAGUUAGGACUCAUCCAUCGUACCUUUCAGCAAGUGAGCAAGGCUGUAAUGAACAAACUGGGGAACAACUACUUGUGGAGCAUGGAUGACCUCUUCCCAGUGUUCCAGUAUGUAGUCGUUCGGUCACGCAUACAGCAUCUCGGUGCCGAGAUUCAACUUGUGGAUGACCUGCUGGAUCCUCACAUGCAACAUGGAGAGCUAGGCAUCAUGUUCACUACCUUGAGAGCCUGCUACUACCAGAUCCAGAAUGAGAAACUCAACCAUAUGGUAUGAUGAAACUCUUGUUGAUCUCUUAAGAAUUUCUAAUAUAUUUGCCAUGAGUUGUUACAAAUAUUUACAAUUAACUCCACCACAGUGCCCUCUAGCUUAUUUUUGUUACUGCCUUCCAUUUUAGUCUUCGAACACAUGUUCACGAAUAUUCAUUUUUGUACUCAGGGCAAUGAUGUUCGUACGCUCUUGUGUGUAGAUGCGGUAUGUUGUUGUGUUACGCCAGACAAGAGAUUGUUAUUGUUUUGGUGUCAUAUGCAUGUGUCGGAGCAUCGAAUGGCGAUAAUAUGGGGAUGUAAUUCAUGUUGGGAUUCAUUCAUGGGUUUCAAUUCACCUUGGCGCCUUCUUUUAAUAGUUACAUACUUACUCACGUUGGAGAGUGUGUUGAAUACAUAUCAGGAACCUGUCAUGAUAAGUUAAAAGUGUAUAGCAUGCCUAAUGUGGAAUCAAAACUUUUAAAGACAGAUAGGAGGUUAAUAUGUUUUACCUUUCUUCUGUUAUACAUAGCACACAAACUUUGGUACAAACAUGCUGCUGUAUAACUGGUAUUUAUAUUUUUAACUUAGCCAAUCACCACUAGCUCUUAUCAACAUUGUUGCUAAAUGUGACUAGCAUUGCAUUAAGUAUGAAGCCUGAAGCCUGAAUACACAGCUGACUUGCGUCUUUUGUGAUGGCAGUGAGCAUGACCUCUUGUGCCAUGCGCAAAAUUAUCGAGCUUGUUAUGCAGUAGACACUAAAGUAAGUAGACACUGUAGACACAUUUAGUUUCAAAGCGUUAUAUGACAAAGAGUACUGGGAAGACGGGACACCACGAGCGUAGCUCUCAUCCUGUAACUACACUUAGGUAAUCACUUAGGUAAUUACACACUACGGAGAGUCAUUUUGUGGCGCUAACAGCUGCAGACAAAAUAGACUUCAUUCUGUUAGAGAGUUGCGCAGUAUGACUUUGAUGUUAAGAGAAAAUAUGUUGCAAUUUAAUUGUGGACCAUUUAGGAAGUGUGAUUAUGUUCAACAGAUAACCAUUGUCAAUUGAUCAUAGGGAUACACAGUUCAAACUUAGUGCAGGGCCUCUCCAUCCAGUUUGUGUGUGUGUUAUCAGUUGCUUGUUAACAUUUACGUGAUAAUACUAUUUAACGUUUUCAGACCUUCCCAACAUUUUCAAAUAAUGUAUGAUUUUGUGCUGUUUUCCUUUUUCCUUUUAUUUAUAUUAUUUCAUUAUUUACAGAUUUAUGUCUUAAUGAAUAUGAUCCAAUCAUGAAAUAACUCAUUAUUUUGAGCAUGGGAUCAAAGCAAGAUAAGAAUGUAGCAUGCUUCAUAUGUUCUGCUAGUAGCAUUGAGAUAAAAUGGGUCCUAAUAUACACUUAAUGCUGAUCCUCCUGAUCAGAGUACAGUAUAAAUUCAGCAGUAGCAGUACAAGACAGUUGCUUUUAAGAUUCACUUAAAAAACAAAUUACAUGCAGAGGAGCUCACUAGUAUCACUAAACACAAAAUUCCCUCAUCAUGCAUAAGAUGGAAGUGCAGUGAAUUUGCUUGCCCAGUAUAUUGUACUAUAUAAUUGUUUAAAUCUGAUUUAUUUCAAAUCCUGCCAUAAAAUUAGUUUACUGAUAUAUAAAAUUUUAUUUUGUAUUACUUGAUUGUAGCAUUUUGACUGAAGCUACUUGAUGUAUGAAUGCAGGAUUACGGAUCAUAUUCUAGGUAAUCUUAAGGAGGAAAUUACUUUCUACACAUUUCAAGAGAUCAGAUGUGUUUCUCGUGACAUUCAAUAUGGCGAUAUAACCUGUGUUGUGCAUAGUGUUGCCAUCAUCAUCAUCUUUAUAUCAUUUUUAAUUUUCAUGGAGGGGGAAGGCAAUAUAUAGUGAAAAAUAAGAGAGCAAUAGAGGCUAAAAAGGUUCUAAGAGGCCAUUCAUAUCAUCACAUAGUAUCAACUUCAUCACACAGCAUCAUGAAGGGGAGUAAAAGACCCAACAUAUGUGUGUCUUAAGACAAACAUUUUUGGAUGCAAUUUGAUCCUUUCUCAAGGUGAUGUAAACAGUGUUGAGAACAUUGUUUACAGCAUCUCGAGAAAGGAUGUUGGUUGCAUCUGAAUAUUUGGUUUUUAAUACACUUACACAUAUAUUGUCUUCUCCUUCUUUCAAGCACUAUGGCAUUGUAAUAAGUUCCUCCACAUAUUAUCAUUUCCAUCACAUAAUACACAUAGCCCAAUCACACUGUACCGAGACGUCCACAACAGUGCCACGCCACUUCAUAGGACUAGGUGUAGAGCACUUCCUGUGAUUUGUCAUCUAAAAAAUAAAUAGGGAAUAAAAAUAACCUGUAAUAGGUAAAGAAUCUUUCCCCAUUAAUAAAUUGAUUCCAUUGCCUUUUUUCCUAACAACAUUAUCAGUAUCCCAUUUUUCACUUUCAUGGGAAAAAUGGGAGGCAAUAUUACUGUAAUGAAAGAGGAUAAUAUAUACAUUAUGACCAAAAAAUCACACAUGCAUUAAUUAUAUAAUUUGUUAUAUAGUUAGGAGGCCUGGUCAAGGACCGGCCUGUGGGGACAUUGAGCCUCGAAACCAUCGCAAAGGUAACCGCAAGGUAGUACGA